CAGGGGCAUUAGAUUACAUAUCCGCUUGAUUUAUCUUGCGUUCUAUUUAUAUGCAUCAAAUUAUUUUUACCUCCGUUCUUCCGUCUUUUAUUCGGUAUAUCUUAGUUUCACACACUUGCACCAUUCUCCUGCAUAUUUAUAAAUCGAUCGCUCUCGUCUUCUCGUUGUUUAUUUUUACCUUCAUAUGCAUCCUACUUUUAUCUAUGGUCGUUGUAGUAGUUAUUUUGGGUUGUGGUCGUGGUUGGAAGCUCGACAGGCAUGGGGCACGUAAUAGAAUCUUGCGAUCUAAAUCCUGUCUCGCUUCCAAUCCGAUCCUUCCCCGUUCUCAAUGCCUUAAGUUCUAAAAAAUUACAAUCUUAAAAAUCUCCCGAUGAUGGUACUACUAUGGUAAAGGUUAGAAGCUCAAAAAUAUGAUGAUGACGAUCAUGCCCCUGGUGCUUUAAUGUUCAAAAUAAAAAUCUGCAUGCUUCUGGUUUCUGCUCGUGUUUCUAUCCAAAUAAAAAAAUCGAUGAUCACGCCCCGGCAAUCUUUCGAAAAAUAUUGGAUUCCUUUGCUUUUUCUUGUUCUUGGUGCUGUUUAAAAUCGUGAAAAA